AUGCCGCCCAACGCCACCAUCCCUCUGUCGGUGGACUUCGACUCUUUGGAGGACUACCUCAUCUUCUCCUUCCACAUCCUGUUCGCCACGACCGCCGUGCUGGUCGCCGGCUCGGUGGUUGUCGGCAUCUCCUGCACGCGCUCCCUGCGGGGCCAGAACCGAUUCAUAUUCAUGCUCAACACGAGCGUCAGCGACACGCUGACCGGCUUCUCGGUCUACUACCUCGGCGUCUUCGACGUCCAGGAGGGCUACCCGUCCAGAAACGGGACGUACUACAUCCUGCCCUCGUUCCUCGGCGUCAACUUGCUGACCUUCCUCUUCGCGCAGUUCGACCGCUACUUCGCCGUGUGCCACCCGUUCUUCUACAACCGCUACGUGACGCGGGCCGUCGUCAUCGGGACCUGCGCGUUCUGCUGGCUCUACACCUACUCCAUCCUCACCGUGCAGAACAUGGUGCCUAUCUCGAAGGCGGCGCAGAUCAACGCGUUCGGCGUGAUGACCUUGCAGAUCAUCGUCCUCGUCAAGGUGUUGAUGACGAUCAAGCUGUACAUCAUCGCCAGGAGCCACGUGGCACGGGAGUCGCCGAGCGCGGAGCCCGACAACAAGAGGGAGUCGCUGCGCAUCAUCGUGUUCGUGGUCAUCUGCUUCCUGGCCCUGUGGUGUCCGUCCUUCAUCAACAUAAUUGUGAGGCAGCUGACACGGAAAGGCCUGAGGUUUAGAAACGAGGCCACCAAUCUGUUCGCCAGCAUGGCGCGCCUGAACGCGCUCGUGACCCCGGCGGUGUACGUCUGGGGCAGCCCGGCGCUGCGCGAGGCCAUGUGGAGGACCGUGUGGCGGAGGGUGUGUCCCUGCUGCCGGAGGGCGAUGUGA